GCCCGGAGAAAACCCAUGCAGGCACGGGGAGAACAUGCAAACUCCACACAGGCGGGGCCGGGGAUUGAACCCCGGUCCUUAGAACUGUGAGGCAGACGCUCUAACCAGUCGUCCACCGUGGAAGACUUAUCAAGGGUAAUAACAGCCACAAACCAGAAAGUCCACUUACAAAGUGCACAAUUUGGAAGAAAGAGUAAGUAAGCAUGGGAAUGCAGCCCUAUGGGGGGCACAAGUCAGUGCAAACUGUAGGCCGGUCCCAAGCCCGGAUAAAUGCAGAGGGUUGCGUCAGGAAGGGCAUCCGGCUUAAAACCUUGCCAAACAAAUAUGAGCGUUCAUCCAAAGAAUUCCAUACCGGAUCGGUCGUGGCCCGGGUUAACAACGUCCGCCACCGGCGCCGUCAACCUGCAGGGCGCUGUUGGAAAUUCAGCUACUGUGGGUCGAAGUCAAAGAAGAAGAAGAAGAAGAAGAGGUGGAAAGCGGGUUCUUCGGCAGAAAGAGAAGAGGAAAACACAGAGCCUAGAACUGAAUGUGGGGACUUUGAAUGUUGGGACUAUGACAGGAAAAUCCCGGGAGUUGGUUGACAUGAUGAUUAGGAGAAAGGUUGAUAUAUUGUGUGUCCAGGAGACCAGGUGGAAAGGCAGUAAGGCUAGAAGUUUAGGGGCAGGGUUUAAAUUAUUUUACCAUGGUGUAGAUGGGAAGAGAAAUGGAGUCGGGGUUAUUUUAAAAGAAGAGUUGGCUAAGAAUGUCUUGGAGGUGAAAAGAGUAUCAGAUCGAGUGAUGAGGCUGAAAUUUGAAAUUGAGGGUGUUAUGUGUAAUGUGAUUAGUGGCUAUGCCCCACAGGUAGGAUGUGACCUAGAGGUGAAAGAGAAAUUCUGGAAGGAGCUAGAUGAUGUAGUUCAGAGCAUCCCAGACAGAGAGAGAGUCGUAAUUGGUGCAGAUUGUAAUGGACAUGUUGGUGAAGGUAAUAAGGGUGAUGAAGAAGUGAUGGGUAAGUACGGUAUCCAGGAAAGGAACUUGGAGGGACAGAUGGUGGUAGACUUUGCAACAAGGAUGCAAAUGGCUGUAGUGAACACUUUUUUCCAGAAGAGGCACGAACAUAGGGUGACCUACAAGAGCGGAGGUAGAAGCACACAGGUGGAUUACAUCUUGUGCAGACGAUGUAAUCUGAAGGAGGUUACCAACUGUAAGGUAGUGGUAGGGGAGAGUGUGGCUAGACAGCAUAGGAUGGUGGUGUGUAAGAUGACUCUGGUGGUGGGGAGGAAAAUUAGGAAGACAAAGGCAGAGAAGAGAACCAUGUGGUGGAAGCUGAGACAGGACGAGUGUUGUGCAGCUUUUCGGGAAGAGGUGAUACAGGCUCUCGGUGGAUGGGAAGAGCUUCCAGAAGACUGGACCACUGCAGCCAAGGUGAUCAGAGAAGCAGGCAGGAGAGUACUUGGUGUAUCUUCUGGCAGGAAAGGAGAGAAGGAGACUUGGUGGUGGAACCUCACAGUACAGGAAAUCAUACAAGGAAAACGGUUAGCUAAGAAGAAGUGGGACAAUGAGAGGACCAAGGAGAGGCGAAAGGAAUACAUUGAGAUGCGACACAGGGCAAAGGUAGAGGUGGCAAAGGCAAAACAAGAGGCAUAUGAUGACAUGUAUGGCAGGUUGGACACUAAAGAAGGAGAAAAGGAUCUAUACAGGCUGGCCAGACAGAGGGAUAGAGAUGGGAAGGAUGUGCAGCAGGUUAGGGUGAUUAAGGAUAGAGAUGGAAAUAUGUUGACUGGUGCCAGCAGUGUGCUAGGUAGAUGGAAAGAAUACUUCGAGGAGUUGAUGAAUGAGGAAAAUGAUAGAGAAGGGAGAGUAGAAGAGGCAAGUGUGGUGGACCAGGAAGUGGCAAUGAUUAGUAAGGGGGAAGUUAGAAAGGCAUUAAAGAGAAUGAAAAAUGGAAAGGCAGUUGGUCCUGAUGACAUUCCUGUGGAGGUAUGGAAGCAUCUAGGAGAGGUGGCUGUGGAGUUUUUGACCAGCUUGUUCAAUAGAAUUCUAGUGCGUGAGAAGAUGCCUGAGGAAUGGAGGAAAAGUGUACUGGUGCCCAUUUUUAAGAACAAAGGUGAUGUGCAGAGCUGUGGCAACUAUAGAGGAAUAAAGUUGAUGAGCCACACAAUGAAGUUAUGGGAAAGAGUAGUGGAGGCUAGACUCAGGACAGAAGUGAGUAUUUGCGAGCAACAGUAUGGUUUCAUGCCUAGAAAGAGUACCACAGAUGCAUUAUUUGCCUUGAGGAUGUUGAUGGAAAAGUACAGAGAAGGUCAGAAGGAGCUACAUUGUGUCUUUGUAGAUCUAGAGAAAGCCUAUGACAGAGUACCCAGAGAGGAACUGUGGUACUGCAUGCGGAAGUCUGGAGUGGCAGAGAAGUAUGUUAGAAUAAUACAGGACAUGUACGAGGGCAGCAGAACAGCAGUGAGGUGUGCUGUCGGUGUGACAGAAGAAUUUAAGGUGGACGUGGGACUGCAUCAGGGAUCAGCCCUGAGCCCCUUCCUUUUUGCAGUGGUGAUGGAUAGGCUGACAGAUGAGGUUAGACUGGAAUCCCCGUGGACCAUGAUGUUUGCAGAUGACAUUGUGAUCUGCAGUGAAAGCAGGGAGCAGCUGGAGGAACAGUUAGAAAGAUGGAGGCAUGCACUGGAAAGAAGAGGAAUGAAGAUUAGCCGAAGUAAAACAGAAUAUAUGUGCAUGAAUGAGAGGGGUGGUGGGGGAAGAAUGAGGCUACAGGGAGAAGAGAUGGCAAAGGUAGAGGACUUUAAAUACUUGGGGUCAACCGUCCAGAGCAAUGGUGAGUGUGGUCAGGAAGUGAAGAAACGGGUCCAAGCAGGUUGGAACGGGUGGAGGAAGGUGUCAGGUGUGUUAUGUGACAGAAGAGUCUCUGCUAGGAUGAAGGGCAAAGUUUAUAAAACAGUGGUGAGGCCAGCCAUGAUGUAUGGAUUAGAGACAGUGGCACUGAAGAGAAAACAGGAAGCAGAGCUGGAGGUGGCGGAAAUGAAGAUGUUGAGGUUCGCUCUCGGAGUGACCAGGUUGGAUAAAAUUAGAAAUGAGCUCAUCAGAGGGACAGCCAAGGUUCGAUGUUUUGGAGACAAAGUUAGAGAGAGCAGACUUCAAUGGUUUGGACACGUCCAGAGGAGAAAGAGUGAGUAUAUUGGUAGAAGGAUGAUGGGGAUGGAGCUGCCAGGCAAGAGAGCUAGAGGAAGACCAAAGAGAAGGUUGAUGGAUGUCGUGAGGGAAGACAUGAUGGCAGUUGGUGUUCGAGAGGAGGAUGCAGGAGAUAGGCUCUCAUGGAAAAGGAUGACGCGCUGUGGCGACCACUAACGGGACAAGCCGAAAGGAAAAGAAGAAGUAAGUAAGCAUGGGAUAAAGGAGUUGACUUUGUUUUUGUUUACUAUAUUUGACA